CUUUCUGUCUCAAACCUUUAAGCGAGAGAGAGGAAUCAAUAUCAACCAUGGCUGCUUUGCAGGUAAGACCGCAACUUUGCUGGGGAGGAUCCGGCGGAGGGAGGAGGGCAGCAGGCGGGGGGAAGAUGGCAGCCGCGAGAGUCCGAGUCCUAUCGGUCGCCGCAAAAGGCGGGAAGACGCCGGAGGUGAAGAGGAUCGAGGGCGUGAGUGAGGAGCUGAAUGCCAUUGCUCGGCAGAACAUCGACUUCGGGACGAUGCGCCGGCGGGUCCGAUCUGCCUUCAUCGACACGCAGCAGCAGCUCGAUCAUCCCCUCUUCAAGUUGGCACCAUCGGGGAUACAAAUGGAAGAGAGAUAUGAAGUGAACUCGAGAGGCUUGGAGAUCUUUUGCAAGAGUUGGUUUCCCCCAUCAUCUGACGAUGUUGGUCUCAAAGGAUGCGUCUUCUUCUGCCAUGGCUAUGGCGAUACCUGUACCUUCUUCUUCGAAGGAAUUGCCAAAAGGAUUGCCGCUGCUGGAUAUGGAGUUUUUGCAAUGGACUAUCCAGGGUUUGGUCUUUCACAAGGGUUGCAUGGGUAUAUUCCCAGUUUUGACAAAUUAGUAGAUGGUGUGAUUGAACACUACGCCAAAGUUAGAGAAAAACCUUUAAUAAAAAGGUUGCCACAUUUCCUCUUUGGCCAAUCUAUGGGGGGAGCUGUUGCUCUGAAAAUUCAGCUUAAGCAACCUGAUGCAUGGGAUGGUAUGAUACUCGUAGCUCCCAUGUGCAAGAUUGCGGCAGACGUUACACCAUCUAACACUGUGAUAAAGAUUGCAUCCUUGUUGUCAAUUAUUCUGCCAAAAGCAAAGCUCUUUCCACGACAAGAUCUAAGUGAAUUGAUGUUCCGAGAACCUGAUAAGAAAAAAAUGGCUCAGUUUAAUGUGAUCGCUUAUGAUGAUAAAAUGAGAUUAAGGACUGGAAUUGAGCUGCUGAAGACCACUAAAGAUAUUGAAUCUCGAGUGCGAGAGGUAUCAGCUCCUUUAUUAGUUCUUCACGGAUCUGGGGACAUGGUGACUGAUCCUCAAGUGAGUGAAUUUCUUUAUGAAAACGCAAGUAGCAGUGAUAAAACCUUGAAGUUAUAUGAAGGGGGCUAUCACUGCAUCCUGGAAGGAGAGACUGAUGAGAGGAUUUUCCAAGUCUUAAACGAUAUUAUCUCCUGGCUUGAUGUCCAUUCUAUGUUGCAAAGUGCAUAAUUCUCCGGAUUUAAGCUAUUAUGUUGUUCCUGUUUUAGCUGUGAGUUGGUGUGUAUCUUUGUUCGUCCCCAGUUGUGUGCAAUAAUAAAACCCCAUGUUUUCUAUACAAAUUUUUCGUUCUA